GUCACGGGUUGUGUGAGGAUCGUUGUCGCAUGGCCGACCGGCAAUGUGCGAGUUCCUUCCGGAGCAGCCGCCAACGCACGAAGAGGUGUAUGACGGGUGGGCCUUCACCAUCCCUGAGACUGAUGCUUUAGUGCUGCAAAGCGGCCCGUGGUGGGCCGCCUGGAGAUGUCAAACCACUGUGAUCCUCUGCAAUCCAGCUGACUUUGGGCAUGGAAUCGUGCUGGCCCGCUGUCCGGACGCGGAGUCCGCCGAAGAGUUGGCACGAGCCGUCGCGAAGAGAGCAGAUCGGCAUUUGGACAAUCACUGCCUUUAUUUGCUUCUUCGGGGUUUGCGUGGAGGACCCUGCGAGUUGUCCCAUUUGCUGGGAGGACUUGCACUUGCGUCAGGCGGUCAUGCGCUGCUGCGGGCGCGGCCGCAGGCAUUACUUCCAUUUUGGCUGCGGUCAGCAUUGGAUCGAGGCUGCACAGGAUCUUGGACAAACUCCAUCCUGCCCAGUAUGUCGCAACCAGCUGCAAGUCAAGAAAGCCAAGCUAGAGCAGCUUUUGACAGGAGGCGAGGAUGCGCUUGAGGAACACGACCUCGUUGGGGAAUGGGCAAAUGAAUGCAUUCCAAGCCACUGGGAGGGCAUGUCCUUGGCCGAGAAGACCGGAUAUGCCGCUGGCUUGGCGGCUCAUGCGGUGCUGGGCUUUUCUCAGGCGGUUCAUGCGGCGGUGGGCCUUGCCCAGGCGAAGCCACGUUUGCCGCGAGUGGAUGUCUUGGCCUGAGUUGGGGAAAACAAGCCGAGGCUGCGAGAUAAGCAUAGAUGAGCAUUUUUCCCAUCCGAACCUUUGAUGGCUACUGUCGAUGCUUGCAUCUUGCCUUCAAAGUGUGUAAUUCAGUACCCCGGAACAAUUUUUUAUGUGUACUUAAGCUACCCCGUCGGAACGAUUCCGUGUGUACUUAGGCUACCCCGUCGGAAUGAUUCCGUGGGGCAUGCACUUGUGCUGUGAAGGGCCACAGAGCCACAGAGCUUCCAGCAAACCCAGACGAGAG